CCGGGGCACGCAAUUGACAGCUAAAAAGCUUUUCAUCAAAUUUUCAAAAUUAAUGCAAAAUUCUAUAGUUUAUAUAUUUGGCAGCUAAACGAAAUUGUGUGACGUGUGGCGAACAUGGCGGAUGAGCAACGCGUGUUGCCCAACAGCGUAUCCUCGCGCAUCUCGCAAUUCAAUCAGCAAGCGGAACAGCAUGCCGAACGUCAACGCAUAAAUCCGUUUGCUCACUACAACGUGCGGGAUGCACCCAAACCGAAUUAUAUAAGAGGCGAGUACGGCCAAGCGCCCGCGGGCAGUUUAUCGGAGCAGCGUGCGCUGCAGGCGCAGAUGCAGUCGCUGGAGGAAAUGCUGCAGCUAUGCGAACUCAUUGAUAAUCAGGGCGUGGAGGAUGCGCUGCACUUUGGCGCACUAUUCGAGCUCUAUAACCACAUCUCGGAUAAGCUGCUGGGCACGCUGCUGUGCGCACGCAAGCACAAGUUCGUUGACUUUGCGGGCGAGACGCUGUUCCAGGGCCGCGACGAUGCGCAGCAAGUGCGACUGCUGCGUCCCUUUGACGAGCUGCGCGCGGAGAUUUUGCACAAGUUGGAAGAUCUGCGUUGCCUGUGCGUCGAGCGAGAGCGAGCACUGGAUGAUGAGGCAGAGCUGCUCUCCUAGCCAGGCACGUGUUGUGUGUGUAUUCACUUCACAUUGCUUUCAAGCCUGACCUGACCCACAUCAAGUCGGCACGUGCGCUCGUUGCCUAAGCCUUCAUUCUUACAGUUAAUUCAAUUAACAUUACUUGGAGAAGCUGCCGCCUGAAGUGCGACCAGCUAUAAAACACAGCCGCUUGUCAUUGUCGUGACAACCCAAAAGCAUAAAGCUCAGCACGCAUACGCCAUGUGUGUCGGCAGCCAACCAGCUCGACAAGCUGUGAUUCCUCAGCACACACACACACCUUAUAUAUGGCCAAUAAAUUGGUUAGGCAUUCUCCAGCUAUGCAAAUACAUAAAUUACCACAGUCUUAGCACACACACACACACACACACGCUCACAUAUAUAUAACUACUUAUGCCUGUAUGUGUAGCAAGGCUGCCUUGGCUGACAGACAUCAAAAGCGCGUUCGUGUCGCUUCGCUUACAAAAUUAUUUUUCGUUUUAUUAUCCGCUCUCCCUUAUGUCUAUAUACAUAUAUAUAUAUAUUGUAUCUGCUUGUAAGUCAUUAGAUAUAUACCCCAGUGCUGUGCACAGUGGUUAAGCAAUAGCAAGAAUACUAAAGCAAAAUAUAUACCAAAGAAUAAGU